CUAGUCUCGCGUGGGAUGUCGCGCGCAUCGCUGCAAGAUGGCGUCCGGUCAAUAGACGAAUAGCAGGGAGGCCGGAGGCGCUCUCGAGGUUCGUGGGUGUUCUCAGCCCGGAGCUGGAGAGGCUUUUGGGGCCGCGUAUCGGUGACAUUUUUCUCUGGCCACGGUGGUGUGAAUCGGUAAACGUAACGCGAGUGCAACGAAAAUGUUCUCCGAGGGAGUGCGCGUCACGUACGCGUCGCCCUGAGUGUGCCGUGUUUCUCGAACUUGGAAAGAGAGAUGCUGGCGUGCAAAGCGACGACAGAGGAGGCGCGUUCGCGAAACUGUCAGGAAGAUCGUCGUCGUCGUCGUCGUCGUGGUACGUGAGUCAGUGCGCUCGUUGGAUCGAAGGAAGGCACGCACGUACAAAAUGGCUUCGGGCGACAAUGUGGACGUGAUCGAGGUGGUCGAGACGAGCUUCACGGGCCCGGCUCAGCCGACGGAGGAUCACCUUAGACCGGAGCAGUCCGCGGACGAGGACAAUAAAUCUACGGGGGAUAAGGUGACGGCACAUGACAGCUCAAUAAUACAACAUGGCACAGCAGGACCCAAAACCCCUGUGGGGGUGUCCAGAAACAAAUCGGAGCGAGAGAGAAAGAUUGGGCACAGAAGAGUUGGAGUGGGAGGUGAAAUCACGUACAAAAAGAUCCAAACGACACAAAUCAUGGGAUCGAUACAGUUAGGCAUACAACAUGCGGUCGGCGGUCUAGCCAGCAAACCGGAGCGUGAUCUCUUGAUGCAGGACUUCAUGACCGUGGAAACGACAAACUUUCCCAGCGAAGGAUCGAAUCACACGCCCGCCCACCAUUUCUCCGAGUUUAAGUUCAAAAAUUACGCACCCAUUGCAUUUCGUUACUUUCGAGAUCUCUUUGGCAUCCAACCGGACGACUUUUUAAUGUCGAUGUGUAGUGCUCCGUUACGCGAAUUGUCGAACCCCGGCGCUAGUGGAAGUAUCUUUUAUCUAACAGAUGAUGACGAGUUCAUCAUAAAGACUGUGCAACACAAAGAAGGCGAGUUUCUGCAAACGCUUCUGCCAGGAUAUUACAUGAAUCUGAAUCAAAACCCGAGAACGCUGUUGCCGAAGUUUUUCGGGUUGUAUUGCUACCGAUGCAAUAGUAAAAAUGUUAGAUUAAUCGCCAUGAAUAAUCUUCUGCCCUCGUCGGUGAAACUGCAUCAGAAAUACGACUUGAAAGGGUCAACGUACAAAAGAAAGGCGUCGAAAACAGAACGAUCCAAGUCCUCUCCGACGUACAAAGACUUGGACUUUAUGGAGCAUCACGCGGAAGGCAUCUUCUUGGAGGCUGACACAUACAGCGCGUUAGUAAAAACGAUUCAGCGAGAUUGUCGGGUGUUGGAGAGUUUCAAAAUCAUGGAUUAUUCUUUGCUCGUUGGUAUUCACAAUCUCGACCAGGCUGCGAGGGAAAAAGCGCAGGAGCAGAGGUUAUCAGCGAGCGCGGACGAAGAAGUGGCGGAAGUCGGUGGUGAGACUGCAGGAUUUCUUCAAGCGGAAAGGGAGGAUAGAGUAGGGGCCAGCGCUCUGAACCGAUCGCGAAGCAUAAACCGACAAAGGUUGGUCGCGCAUAGUACCGCUAUGGAAAGUAUUCAGGCUGAAAGCGAGCCGAUAGACGAGGAGGACGACGUACCCAGUCCAGGUGGAAUUCCAGCUCGCAACGCACGCGGCGAACGCCUGUUGCUCUUCCUUGGUAUCAUUGAUAUUUUGCAAAGUUACAGGCUCAAGAAAAAGCUCGAGCACACGUGGAAGUCGAUGGUACACGACGGUGACACCGUGUCCGUGCACCGGCCAGGUUUUUACGCGCAACGUUUUCAAGAUUUCAUGGCUAAGACAGUAUUCAAGAAGAUACCGUCACUGGACCUGCCUGAGAUUAAGGGGAAUCAUCGCAAAUUCCGUAACCUCGUCACCAGCUACAUAGCGUUGAAACAUUCGCCAUCGAAGAGGAAAAGCAUCACCAGGCCGCUCAGACCACUCGACGGCGACUUCGAUUCAACUGCGGUGCCGACAACCGGAAGUUCGACAAUGCAUGCUACGUCACCCACGAAGGCCGACGAAGCAGCAACCCCGACAGACCCUGCGAUGAGCACCAGCACGAUGAUGUCCGCGGGUUCCGCGCCGAUCGCCACCUCCACGCCUGUAAACUUCGCUUCAGGCCCCGUGAGUCCACCCCCGUUGAGCUUGGGCGCCGGUCUUGGACCACUCCAUCAAGAUCAAACCUCCACGACCAAGGUGGCGAGCUACCCUGCCGUUCUGAAGGGUAGAACGGCCGCCAGCCCGCCCAAUCCGAACCUGGUGCCCUCUGGCAAGGUCCCACCCCCUGUCCCGCCUAGGGGCAGUCAGUCGAGGACCAGGUUCACGGAGGAGCACCGCGGAACCGCCACCUCCACGUCCUCGAUGGCAUCCAGCCGAGGUGGCACCCUUCCUUCCACCUGCUCCACCCCGCCCCCGCCCUUUGACGAUGCAGUGCGCUCGAACGACCAAACCCUGGCCUCCGGUGGUCAACUGCAGCAAGGUGGACCGACCACCAUCUUAACGAGCAGUCUCAGCAGUGCUCAAUCCAAGCAGAACAAGGUCGUGCACCACGUCACCCUUACAAAGACUUACCACGAUGCCGUUAGCAUAUCCGACGUCCACUUGGAGAGCAGUGGUAGCGGAAGCGGGAGCGGGGGAAGGGAAACGAAGUCUUCGUUGAGCGUGGAAAGCGGUAGCAGCCGAGGCGGUGGUGGCCUGACCUGGACACCACCAGCAGGUAGCGCGGAAGGUUCGACGCCCACCUGGACGGAGGGCACUCCAUCCUACACGGAGAGCUCCAGCAGCGGUGAUGCAGGUUGCCCGACGACGCCGAUCAGGGGCAGCCAGCGUCACGACGACGGAGGGAGGACAGCGGCCACCGUCGAAGAGGCGCUAGCCAGUCUCACUACGGAAAUGGAGAUACUGCAGCGCGAGUGAAUGCACAACUCGUCCCUCCUCUAACCUCCGUCGGUUCGUGUGCAGCGUGCCGUGUGGAUGGCCUGCGCCGUUGUAGCGACGAAUCUUCGAAAACGGGACGAUGAAUGGAAUGCAAAAAGGAAUAGGCGAGCGAAUAUACAUAUAAUUGGCGAUAGGGCGAGGGAGCCUGUGGCGCGAAUUGAGACGAUAGGGGAGACCCCGCUUUCAGAAAACGGGAUCGACGCCCUUGGCCAAUUUGAGAGCGGGUUUGGUACCGUUUUGCAAGAAGAAAGAAAAACCAAGGUUGAAGAGAAUGUGGAUAGGGGAGAGGAGUUUCUGCUUACAAGGGGAGUUUGGCAAUUCUGAAAUUCAAGAAAAUUUGAGACUUUAAUCUUGACAAUUUUUAAUUAAAUUUGUUUAAGGGAGUGUUCUCACCCUCAAGAUAGGUUCCUUGCUAAGCUAAAUCUUUCCAAGGACUUCCUUUCUUCCUGCAAUAGAGGUUUUCAUUAGGACUAUUCCAGUUCCCAAGUUCGAAGUGGUAAAGAUCGUCGUUUGAAAGCGGAGACUACUGCAGAUGGCAACUAAAGACACUCCAUCGAACUCGGUCGUUUCUUCCUUUACAUUUUUGCGUCCCUAGACGAUGCAGUGUAUAUUCCACGUUCUGUACUUAACGAUUACAACGCCAUUUGUAGUCGACAAAAUUCGUCUCGAUUCGCGAGCUUAUCGAGUAUUAAUCAUCCCAGCGUAUAAUCCUACAUGUAUUCGCGCGUGAUAAGCUGUCGACGAAGGGAACGGCGAUUUCGAAGCUUCCAGGAAGGCCAGGAAGCGUGAAACUUGUUCAUCGUGAUAUAAAACUCGGCCUACAGUAUUAGUGAACUGUAUAAUACUCGACACUAGUUCAGGGUUCGAAUACACGUUGUGGAAAUUGAUCGAUUACCGGUUUUUUUUUUUCUCUUUCGGUAUGUCGGGUCAAUUUUCGUGGUAACAUCGGUGCAGGAUGCGAAUGGAUUCUGUUUCUUCUCGUUAAGGUUCGAAUUAAUACAGAAUUAAAUGCAACGACCGAAUGCUGUUCAAGUUUUAUAGUUACCCUUCGUUAUGGAAGAAGAUUCGAUUUAAAUUUAUUUGAUACGUUGCUUUGCUUAAUCUCACAUUAUUUUAUUUAACAUUCUAUGAAUAUAUUAUACUAUAAUAUUAUCCAGUUUACUUUAUACGCAUAUCCUUUCAAUAAAAUUUAUUUUACUCGAUGUCUCUGGUACCAAUAACAAUGGAAAUUCAAGUUUCCUCAAUGACGCAAGCUAUUUCAACUAAUAUCGAGUUUCACAUACUUUAUUUUUUAAACGCAUAAAGGUUGAAUAGCGUUCCGUGUUGCAAUUAACACUGUGUGCCGUGUUCUCUCUUCCGUGUAUCUCGUUGUAAAACAAUCGUUGUAUCGAAUUUCACCUAACUCACACGAGUCAUCCAGGUUCCAAACUCCACGUGGAAGCAUCGUAAUAAUCUACUCAUUACCUCUUUAUCGUAACUAACAAUUACCUCUUGUUGUGUCAGUUAAUUGUAAACACUUUACUAUGGGUCGCGCAGGAAGGGACGGACGUAACGAAACGAAGGUAUGGGAAACACACUCGCGAAAGGGAAAUAUAUGUAAAUAAUACGUACGAUCCAAUUAGGAUGCAGCCCUCGAUCCCGUUUUUAUUACGGUAAUAUAGCAACUGGUCGUGUACAUGUACCUAUAUAUAUGUAUGUGUCCCACGUUCUGACUGUCUUCUGUACGUAAUUAUACAUAUACUUAUACAUAUGUACACAUAUAAAUUGAAACGUGUAUACCGCAUACAUUCGGGAUGGCCAGUGAACUCGCGGAGACUGGUGGAAUUCAAAUUCCUUGGAUAAUAAACUUUUAUGAUAAUAAGUCGAAGCAAUAGUACUUUUAAGCUUGGCAGUAUUGUAGAGAACAAGAUCAGUAUCUCGAGGAGAGAUGGUAUUAUGGAAAAAAUGUAUAAACGUUUUCGACCUAAAUGGACAUUCUCGUAUAUAACACAUUCAUUUUAUCAUUUCAAGGAAAACAUAAGUUCAUGAUAUGUGGUACAGUUAUUCGUUAUAUCAGAAAUCAAAUUAAUAUUUUUAUUUAUAGGUGCAAUUAGCUGGUCUGGAAUCAAAUCUAAAUUUCAACGGAAUUGAACAUUAAAUUAAAGUCUGUGUUCAGAAUUUUUAUUAAGAGGAACUUGUUCGUUUGAGACGUUUAUAGAUGCGACAAAUAUUUGAAUUCGGAGAACUCAUUGGCCAUCCUGAUUAUAAAUAUACAAGAAACAAACUGCAGAAACUGUAUUAUACGCGAUACGAAAAAAAAAAUAACGAGAAUGAUUGACAGAGUUCUGAUGCUACCGUGUACGUAUAUAUAUAUAUAUAUAUAUAUGAACGUUUAAGAAAUUUAUAUAUAUAUAUAUAGGAAGAGAGAAUGAGAGAGAUUCCAGUAGUCGCAGAGCAAGGAAUAUGUAAACGCGUUGCUAGCAUAAUAAUAGGCGUGAGAGUUAUCAUGAACGUUUUGAAAAACCAAAAUGUUGUUCAAUUACACUUACAUAUACGUAUAUAUAUACAAGGAUAUAUAUAUAUGUAUUAUAUAUUGUCCUUAAAGAAGCGCUUUCGACAGUCGGUAUAUAUGUAUAUUAUAUUUAGGAACGGUGAAGAAAUCUAGUCGCAUCUCGGUGAUCGGUCCGUGUUCUUAGUUAGAAACUUGUUUUCGUUUUCCAUCAACUUUUUUUUACUCUGAACCUAGUUUCCUUACUUUAGAACAAUCACUCGUUCGAUCGUUAUCGUUGAUGGAGCGUCUUUUUGCAAAUCUAUGUACAACGACAAUUAAGAAGACGAAAAAUCGACGCUUUUAAUUUGUUUAAGUGGAUGAUCUAGCCGUUGAAACUUAGAGCGGGGUAUUAUCUAAGGUAUUCAUUGAAAAAUAAAAAAAUUCUUUUUAGGUCUGUUGUGUAUAAUUAAUGGAAGCGCUGAAAUAAAUGCGUUUCUUAAACUUUCCGUGUUAUGCUCUAGAAAGUUUAAGAAACGCAUUUAUUUUACCGUUCCGGAGAUUGAAAUUGUACAUAUAAAGUUUGCGAAAACAUUCCAGUACAAAUCCGUUGCAACGAGCAUUCGACUUAAACUCCAGCGCAUAUACAAAAUUAUUAUUCUAUCGCGAUGGAGUUUUAAGUAUCUCCACCAGAGAUGGGCAAAAUUCAAGCAAUGAAUAAAAGAUAAACAGUGUUUUAUCUGUCCGUGAAAAUUAAUUUAUUGAAUUUAAAUCAAAGUUUGAAUGGUACGAAUAAUUUAUGUCUGCUUUUGGCAGUCUAAACUAAAUAUUCAAUACAUGUUUCUCAAUUAAAUUUUUGUAAAUUACUAUUUAAUGGAAUAAAUACCUUCACAGACUUUUUAUUAUUCCAACAAAAAUGUUCUGCUUCAUCUCUGGUCUCGACGAAUAUAUUUAACGAAACCAAGCAAUAAAUCGUUGCAAUUAAAGGGAUGCCUCUCAGUUUCAAAGGUUAAAUCGAGAAUUAUCCACGGAUACAGAUCAAACAGCCGAGAGAAGGGGGAAGAAGCUUGACGCCAGAGAUGGGCAAAAUACUCGUCUAGAUAAACCUUUCGAAUAACGAACGAAAAAUAAAGUGAUUUUUUAUUUGUUCAAUAAUAAUUCCAUUUUGAAUUACGAGUCAAAAUUAAAUCGCACGUUGAACGAAUGAAAGUUUAUCCGAGUAACCAUUCGGGUUGAAUAAACGUUUGCGAAUGAGUCGCUGUACAGUGUUUCUAUUCGUCGUCUAUUAUUUGAAUAAAAUUUUGCGCAUCUCUGCUCGACGAACUCGUAGCUUUGUUAACGCGAUACUCUUCUCGGAGUACCAUGUAUUAUCAUUAUUGUUAUAGUAGCCGUUGUGUGGAGCAGCCUUUAUCAGCGAUCGUGAAAGUGUGAUAUUUUUUUAACGAACAUAUCGCAAAUACGUUCGAGUUCUGCGGGUGAUUUCAAUGCUUGCGCAAGUAGGAUGUUCUCCGUGCAGGAGUACAGGGAGGAUUAAGACGGGACUAUCGUGCCAAUAGCUCGUCACGAGGAUAGAGUCCACAGACGUAACGAUUUUAUUUAUCCAAUUAAAUUUGUGUUUAUAAAUAUCAAGGAUACCGAACUCUGUAUUUUCUUUUGAUUAAAAUAUUAAUACUUCGUUGAAAAAUAAUGUAUAUAUUCACGAUUAUUUAAACAAUAUUUGUAAAAGGUAUGAGAUUUUAAACUUUAAACCUCAAUGACAAUAAAAGAAGGGAUUCCUGUUUCUAUUUGAUCAAACUUCCAAGUCGCUUGGCGAUUUGCACAAUCUUGAGGGGUAAUGCAACGCUGUCAUAGGACCAUCCUUGCAUCUCGACGUGAAUCUAGCAAUAGAAUAAAAUCGUUACGUCUUCGAGACCUAUGAGAACGGCGUUUGAGUCGAAGAGUAAUACAGAUCGCUAAUGAUUUUCUCCGAGCGCCACGAGUCGAAGAUCCGUCGCUUUCUACGCUUCUCUGUGUCGCAAGUUUGAUGUCUGUCGAUAUUCGUUCACAAGCUGUUAAACCGGCAUACGAUGUCUCGUUCUGUGUUUCGUGUGACUUAAUCAACUUAAAGGUAUUAACCCACCACCGUUAAUUAACCUCUUGUUAAUCAAACUUUCUGUGUCUUCUCAUCAUUUCUGUUCCGUUUGUGUGCCACCUUUUCGACGUUUCCCUGCUUCGAUUUCUGCCAGUCAUCGGGGACUAGUCGAAACUUGAAGUAUAACGAUCAACCUCUCGUAAUUAAAUCGAAAAAGAAAAGCAAUACUUUUGAUGAAAGAUCAUUUCAACUUCGCGAGCAGUUCCAUUCUAGAUAGUGCUAAUUUCAAUCGGGGAACGAUGCUUGUAGAAUUAGUUCUAUUUAGAGGCAAGACGUAAAGCUCAUAUGGAGUUUUUUUUUUUAACAUUCUUUGUUAAACUUUUAUUUUGAAUUGGCGAGAUAAUCAUUGCUUGGUCGAGGGAGGUGGACUUUCGCGGGGUAAACAAAAAUGAUGGAACUGAUUUCUUUUUGUGCUCGGAUUCAGAGACGAACGAGCAGCAACGCGAAGGAUCUUGUGGAGCAAAGAGCAUCCCUUUCGAUGUACAGGCAAGUGAGAACGAGUUUCAAACGCGCCAGUACGAACCACGCGUCGAUCAUGAGGAGCGUGCAAAGAGCGUUGAGCAUUCAG